UAUAGUCGUUGAAACAAUUUCCCACCUCAAAACUUUGUAAUUCUCUGAACACCAGCAGCACCCAGCACCAUGGCGAUGAAGGGUGAAUCGUUCGCCAGCAAGAAGGAGGUCGAUCCGGGACCCUGUGCCCCACUGCGGAACAUCCGAACACUGAAUAUGGGCGGCAACAUUGAGCAACGUCCCUGGACGCCGACAGUGCGUACGGGCAGGAUUGCCGCAGAGACAGCCACCCCGGGACCGGCCAUUGUCCAACUUCCCACAUUGAUUGGCAGCAAAGUCCCUGAUUCGAAGAAGAAGGGCGCUCCUUCGUACUCCUUUGGCCACAAGUUGGGCAGCAAGUACGAGACCUUUGGCCCGGGACCGGCCCAAUAUAAUGUGACGGGUCUGCGGGCCAAGGGCAAGGAUUACCCCCGCGCUGCCACCCUACAGAGUCGUCCCAAGGAGCUCUCUCGCUUCUCGAAUCCCGGACCCGGCGAAUACAAUGUCCAGCCGGCGGCCAAGGCAGUGAUCGAUGCCACGCCCAUGUACACGUUCGGCCAGAAGCCGCCCGAUGCCAAAUUCAGCCUGAUUCCGGCUCCGAAUAGCUAUUGCCCUGAAAGGGUCACACAAUCAAAAAAGAAUGCGCCACGCUACACAUUCGGUAGACGAACUAAAAUCCAACACGAUCAGGUCACACCAGCUCCUGGCGCCUAUUGCCCCGAAAAGGUGAAUCCCCACAAGACGCCAGAGUUUAGUUUCGGCAUCAAGCACCACGAACAGAAGCCCGACUACACGCCAGCCCCAGGCUGUUACAAGCCCGAGCAUUUCGGCCAAGAGCACACGCCCUCGUACAGUUUUGGCCUGAAGACCAGGCACACUCUGGUCAGUGAUACACCAGCACCCGGGGCCUAUAGUCCCGAAAAGUCCAGGCUACACAGUACACCCGCUUACACGAUCACUGGCAAGGCCACGCAUGACGUAGUCGAUGCCACACCCGCGCCCGGCGCAUACGAACCCGAGAAGUGCGUGUUGAACAAGACGACAGGCUUCACGUUCGGCCAUCGCGUGAACCUGGCCAAGGCCAGCGAUACACCCGCACCGGGCACCUAUCAGCCGGAGAAUGUGCGUCUGGAUCACACGCCCUCGUACACCAUGUCAGGGCGGCACGAGCUCAAGUCGGUGAGCGAGACUCCGGCCCCCGGUUCGUAUGCACCGGAGAAGUAUCGCGGCGAUCGUACGCCGGCCUUCACCUUCGGCGGUAAGCACGAGCAGAAGCUCGACAGCUCCACCACUCCGGCACCAGGCGACUACUGUCCCGAAAAAUUACGGCACGAUCACACUCCAGCUUACUCAUUCGCCGGUCGCCACAAUCUUCAAAAACCCAGUGAUACACCAGCACCUGGAGCAUACGCUCCCGAGAAAGUCCGACAAGACCACAAUCCCUCAUUCUCCAUGGCAGGCAAGCACAUUCAGAAGAUUACCAACGGAACCCCCGCUCCCGGUGACUAUUGUCCCGAGAAAACUCGUCUAGACAAUACUCCUGCUUAUAGUUUUGGCGGAAGGAACGAUCCUAAAGUGGAGAACAACACUCCCGCCCCCGGAGACUACCAUCCAGAGAAGGUUAGGCAGGACCAUAAUCCUUCUUUCUCAUUCGCGGGUCGUCACGAUCUGCACAAACCGAGUGAUACUCCCGCUCCUGGAGCUUAUUCUCCUGAAAAGAACCGACAAGACCAUAACCCCGCUUUUUCCAUGGCUGGGAAACACACACAAAAGAUCUCCAGUGACACCCCCGCUCCUGGCGACUACUACCCUGAGAAAACCCGUACGGACAGCGCUCCUUCUUAUAGCUUUGGCGGCAGGAACGAUCCCAAAGUAGAGAACAAUACCCCUGCUCCAGGGGACUAUCACCCUGAGAAUGUUAGACAAGAUCACAACCCGGCCUUUUCUUUCGCCGGUCGUCACGAUCUUCAGAAACCAAGUGAUACUCCUGCCCCUGGGGCUUACUCUCCGGAAAAACAUAGACAAGACCACAAUCCCUCAUUCUCCAUGGCAGGCAAGCACAUCGAAAAGAUUACCAAUGGAACCCCCGCUCCUGGUGACUAUUGUCCCGAGAAAACUCGCCUUGACAAUACUCCUGCUUACAGUUUUGGUGGCAGGAACGAUCCUAAGGUGGAGAACAAUACUCCCGCCCCGGGAGACUACCAUCCAGAGAAUGUUAGACAAGAUCACAAUCCUUCCUUUUCCUUCGCUGGUCGCCACGACCUCCAUAAGCCAAGUGAUACUCCCGCUCCUGGAGCUUAUUCUCCUGAAAAGAACCGACAAGACCAUAACCCCGCUUUUUCCAUGGCUGGGAAACACACACAAAAGAUCUCCAGUGACACCCCCGCUCCUGGCGACUACUACCCUGAGAAAACCCGUACGGACAGCGCUCCUUCUUAUAGCUUUGGCGGCAGGAACGAUCCCAAAGUAGAGAACAAUACCCCUGCUCCAGGGGACUAUCACCCCGAGAAUGUUAGACAAGAUCACAACCCGGCAUUUUCUUUCGCCGGUCGCCACAAUCUUCAAAAACCCAGUGAUACACCAGCACCUGGAGCAUACGCUCCCGAGAAAGUCCGACAAGACCACAAUCCCUCAUUCUCCAUGGCAGGCAAGCACACUCAGAAGAUUACCAACGGAACCCCCGCUCCCGGUGACUAUUGUCCCGAGAAAACUCGUCUAGACAAUACUCCUGCUUAUAGUUUUGGUGGAAGGAACGAUCCUAAAGUGGAGAACAACACUCCCGCCCCCGGAGACUACCAUCCAGAGAAGGUUAGGCAGGACCAUAAUCCUUCUUUCUCAUUCGCUGGUCGUCACGAUCUGCACAAACCGAGUGAUACUCCCGCUCCUGGAGCUUAUUCUCCGGAAAAGAACCGACAAGACCAUAACCCCGCUUUUUCUAUGGCUGGAAAACACGCUCAAAAGAUCUCCAGUGACACCCCCGCUCCUGGCGACUACUACCCUGAGAAAUCCCGUACGGACAGCGCUCCUUCUUAUAGCUUUGGCGGCAGGAACGAUCCUAAAGUGGAGAACAAUACCCCUGCUCCUGGGGAUUAUCAUCCAGAGAAAGUUAGACAAGAUCACAAUCCUUCCUUCUCCCUUGCUGGUCGCCACGACCUCCAUAAGCCAAGUGAUACUCCCGCUCCUGGAGCUUAUUCUCCCGAAAAGAACCGACAAGAUCAUAACCCCGCUUUUUCCAUGGGUGGGAAACACACUCAAAAGAUCUCCAGUGACACCCCCGCUCCUGGCGACUACUACCCUGAGAAAUCCCGUACGGACAGCGCUCCUUCUUAUAGCUUUGGCGGCAGGAACGAUCCCAAAGUAGAGAACAAUACCCCUGCUCCAGGGGACUAUCACCCCGAGAAUGUUAGACAAGAUCACAACCCGGCAUUUUCUUUCGCCGGUCGUCACGAUCUUCAGAAACCAAGUGAUACUCCUGCCCCUGGGGCUUACUCUCCCGAAAAACAUAGACAAGAUCACAAUCCAUCCUUUUCCAUGGCAGGCAAGCACAUCCAAAAGAUUACCAAUGGAACCCCCGCUCCUGGUGACUAUUGUCCCGAGAAAACUCGCCUAGACAAUCCUCCUGCUUACAGUUUUGGUGGCAGGAACGAUCCAAAGGUGGAGAACAACACUCCCGCCCCGGGAGACUACCAUCCAGAGAAUGUUAGACAAGAUCACAAUCCUUCCUUUUCCUUCGCUGGUCGCCACGACCUCCAUAAGCCAAGUGAUACUCCCGCUCCUGGAGCUUAUUCUCCGGAAAAGAACCGACAAGACCAUAACCCGGCUUUUUCCAUGGCUGGGAAACACACUCAAAAGAUCUCCAGUGACACCCCCGCUCCUGGCGACUAUUACCCUGAGAAAACCCGUACGGACAGCGCUCCUUCUUAUAGUUUUGGGGGCAGGAACGUUCCUAAAGUGGAGAACAACACUCCCGCCCCGGGAGACUACCAUCCAGAGAAGGUUAGGCAGGAUCAUAGUCCUUCCUUCUCCUUCGCUGGUCGCCACGAUCUGCAAAAACCGAGUGAUACUCCCGCUCCUGGAGCAUACUCUCCUGAGAAGGUGCGGCAGGAUUACAAUCCAUCCUACACGUUUGCCGGCAAGCACGAUCCGCAUGCCACGUCCGAGACACCCGCUCCCGGAGAUUACUGCCCUGAAAAGGUGCGACUAGACCACACACCCGCUUACAGCUUUGGUGGCAAAUACGACCCCAAGGCGGAGAAUCAUCAUCCUGCGCCAUGCGACUACGCCCCCGAGAGAGUACGCCUCGACCAUACACCCGCCUACACAAUUGCAGGUCGUCCGACCAUCGAGCAUGUGACGCACACGCCGGCGCCCUGCGACUACUUUCCGGAGCACUGUCACCCGGACUCCACGCCGGCCUUCACCUUUGGCAUGAGGCUGAAUCGGGAGCGCAUCAGCGACACACCAGCACCCUCUGCCUACGAGCCGGAGAAACACACCGCACAGCAUGCACCAGCCUACACCUUCGGCUCGAAGUCCGAGAUCAAGGUCACCACCGAUGCACCAGCCCCUGGAACCUAUCAUCCGGAGCACUCCCGAUUCGACAGUUCGCCGUCGUACAGCUUUGGCCUGAAGACCCUGCCCAUGCCAUCCCUGCCAGAACAUAGAGGUCCCUACAUUGAAGAUCGCAUUCUGCAAAGACGCGAACGACGCUUGGCCAGUCCCGUACGCAACAAUGGGGAAUGCACUAGCAACACCGCCAGCACCAAGACUACGACCACCACCACCACAACGACAAAGACCAUUGUCAAUGGGGUGGAACAGCCAGAGGUCACCACAAAGGUGAAUGGACACAUUGCACAUGCACCCGCCGCACUGAGCAAUGGGAGCCAUCAUGCCACAAAAACGAUCACCACGACCACGGAAAAGCAGGUGUUGCACGGCCAGGCAGAGCGUGGCAAUGUGAAGGUGACGGCCAGCGGUAAGUCGGAUGCCAGUGCCACGAAAGCGGCCAGUGCCAGCACCAGUACGGUGGUGCAGUCGGACGGGGCAAUUGUUACCAGCGGCAGAUCCUCGCGGAUCAGCACCGUCAAGUACGCUGUGGAGGCGAGCAGCGUGCAGGAGAAGAUCAUCAGCUCCUAAUGUCUACAAGAUACCCACCGUCUUGGGCAGCAGCAAGGAGGGUAAGAUUCGCUCGGCCCC